AUGAUCAUCGCCGUUGCUACCGGUGGAGGCAUUGCGCUUUUACUUCUUGUUCUUGCAACCUGGGCCUGCCACCGAAAACGUCAACAGGGAAGAGCUCUUCUUGCAGCCUAUGAAGCCCCGGGCCGCCAGCCUUACGAAGAAAUUUCACUCAAAAACAAAAAGUCUACCGCUUCCUUUGCCAGUGCCGUUUCCCCGCCAGCUCCGGUUGUCUCUGGGAACACCUCAAAGCCAGGCACACCAACAUCCGCCUCUUUCAACGUCCCCCAACACACCUCGACUCCACCCCCGGAUUAUAAAAAUGGCGUAGCUGUAUCUGCGAUUGAAAAGGAAUUGGGUCCACGUUAUCCACCACAAGCUUUCCAGGGACAGGAUUCACCGCGUACGCCAACUGGGUCACAGAGGGGACCGUUCCCUGCGGAUAUUUUGGGAAGCCCAAGGUCUAGCAGCCUGCCGCCAUACUCUCCGGCUAGAAGUGCAUUCGGGAAUACUGGAUCUCCAAGAGCUGUUUCCCCAGCUCCGUCGUCGUCCUUUCAGCAGCAGGGGGGGAUGCUAGCACCAACACAGGCAACAUCCCCGCUGCCAGUUCAGACUACAUUCUCACCAACCCAGACAUCGUUCCCACCGCAAAACACCCCUUCACCGAUGCAGAAUGGCCCGUCUGGAUUUUCGUUCUCGCAGCAGGGGGGAUCCACCCUAGUAGCUUCUCCACCUGCAUCGCCAAGAACCCCGAGUCGCCAGAUGUUUAUGCCUGUGGAGGAAAACCACCAGCACCCUGCGAAUCAGGAACUGUUCUUGCCGGUGGAUGGCGGGAGGAUCCACCAACAGGAGCAGGAGAUGUUCAGUCCUGUUGAUGAGCCAUCGUUGCGAAGGCAGCAACAGGAUCAUGGAUAUCCAAUGGCGUACUGA